GGAAGUUUGAUCAGCGCCGUAGGUGAUGGGCUGGAGCCGCGCCACGAGAGCGUAUGCCAGCUGCGACAUCUUAACGGGUGGCGAUUCAGUCUAGUCGGGCUUCCGUCCGAAGCAACACAGAGAACCUGACCUUAUGAACUGUACCGAUGCCAAUAAUCUGGCGACAAGUGUUCAUGCGGCGGAGGACGGAGACGCGGCCGUGGUGGCAAAUUGCCGCAGAGUCGGGUAGCAGAGACCAGAUCUCCAACGCCACUCCGGCAUCCUUCGGCUCAAUAGGACUCUGCAGUUACUGGCAGCUAACGGCCGUUGGGUUCGUGCUGCUUUGCACACGUAAUGUGGUCAUCGCAUUUCGUCUUGCAAGAUCGCACGACCCUCUGUCAUGGCGGCCGAUGCCACGAGAAGCACCUGAGGGUACGAAUGCCGUAGGUCUUGCGGAUGGACGUGGGUCUCAUGGCUGUGUUCAUCUCUUCCUUCCUUGCGACACGCAGGGGCUAAUGCGCGAGUCUUGCUGUUGAAUCCGCUUGGUCGCGCCUUUUGCCUCGGCAAGGCUUGUUGGGCGACACCAGUGCAUCACAAAAGCGCACUUGACAUAACACAAUCGCGAGUGGGUUUGUGGCGUGAGAGAGGGUGUUGAACUCUCGACCCUUGCCGUUGCGCCAUGUCGAGCUGACACUUCGUCCGCCUCGG